AUGGAAGAGGAAUUGGCAGCUCCUUCCACAUCCACAGACAAGACAGACAGUAUGGACGUGGAUGGAGAAUCAAAGAAACUAUUGGGUUUAGGACAGAAACACUUGGUAAUGGGAAAUAUUCCAGCUGCUGUUAAUGCGUUCCAGGAAGCUGCGAGCUUACUGGGUAAAAAAUAUGGUGAGACAGCAGAUGAGUGUGCAGAAGCCUUUUUUUACUAUGGAAAAUCUCUCCUGGAGUUGGCAAGAAUGGAAAAUGGUGUGCUGGGAAAUGCCUUAGAAGGGGUGCAGGUUGAAGAGGAAGGAGAAAAAGCUGAAGACGAUUCUGCGUCACCGACUGUUGAUGAAACAGAAGAAUCUGAAGAGGAAGAUAAAGAAAAUGAUAAAGCUGAAGAUGAUAAGGAGAAUGAAUUGACGGUGGAAGACAAGUCUUUACAGGAAAGCGAGGAGGACGAAGUUGGAAAUCUUGAGCUAGCCUGGGACAUGCUGGAGUUGGCAAAAGUCAUCUACAAGAGACAAGAAACAAAAGAAGCUCAGCUCCAUGCAGCUCAAGCUCAUCUAAAGUUAGGAGAAGUUAGCAUUGAGUCUGAAAACUACACGCAGGCUAUAGAAGAGUUUCAGGCCUGCCUGGCCCUGCAGCAGAAGUACCUGGAGGCUCAUGACCGCCUGCUGGCUGAGAGUCACUACCAGCUGGCGCUGGCGUACCACUACAACAGCCAGUUCGAUGAGGCGGUUUUGCAGUUCGGUAAAUCCGUAGAAGUCAUUGACAAGAGAAUGGCAAUGCUUACUGAACGAAUAAAGAAGACGGAAAGUGGGUCCCCUGAAGAUGAGAAGGAGAUUGAAGAACUGAAGGGAUUGCUUCCUGAAAUUAAAGAAAAGAUAGAAGAUUCAAAGGAAUCUCAAAAGAGCGUAAGAGUAGCUGAGCUGGCACUGAAAGCAACUCUGGUUGGAACUACAUCUGGCUUUGCACAAAGUGAAGACAGCGGUUCUGUUUCCACAAUUCCAGUCAGAAAAGCAGCUGAUGGUGCAUCUCAGUGUGUUACAGACAUCUCUCACCUGGUCAGGAAAAAGAGGAAACCAGAGGAGGAGACUCAACAGGGAGACAAUGAAGCUAAGAAAUCUAAACCAGAGCCGGCUGUCAAUGGUGGUGGUGGUGAUGCUGCCCCCAGUGGAAAUGAGGUUGCAGAAAAAAUGGAAGAGGAGACAGAGAAAAGGCCACAAGCAGAAUCAGGGGCUGCAGUUGAAAGCACAGUAUGAUAAUUCUUUAACCUUGGACACUCCUCUACUUACAAGGAAAAUGGUUUUGUAUAUAGUGUAUUUUUUCACUUUUUGGCAACUUUUGUAUGACUUCAAUAAAGAUUG